AUGGACCCAACGAGACGCCGUAGUUUACGUCCACAGCAGGCGAGGCCAAGGCUAGGCGCUGGCGGCGGCCUGCAGGAAGGUCUCCGGGCCAUGGACCCGCGGCUACCGAAUACUGAAGGGCCCAGGAAGGAUCCGUGGCAGCCCGGGCCUGAGAUGAGUUUAGAGUCCUUGUUUCAGCACAUCAUCUUCUCGGAGCAUCAGGCGGAGGAGAGUCGCCGCUUGAUCCGAGAAGUAAGGUCGGAAAUUAACAGAUGUCGUGAAGACAUUAAGAAAGCAACUGAGAUGCUGAAUGAAGAGAAAAUCAAGUUGGAAUCCAAGGUUCAGCAAUUUUCUGAAAAAACUUUCCUCUUACAGCUUUGGAAGAUUCAUGAAAAUGCCUUAGAAAGACAGUAUAGUGAAAUUAUAAACCAGAGGAAUAUGCUUCUCCAAACCUUUGAGGCUACACAGAAAAAAGUGAUAGAAGAGGAGGAAAAAUUUAUUAAGGAAAUUACAGACUUCAAUAAUGAGUAUGAAGUAACAAAGAAAAGAGAGCUGUUGAUAAAAGAAAAUGUCCAGAUUGAAAUAUCUGACUUAGAAAACCAGGCAAACAUUUUGAAAAGAGAAAUGAAGACAAUGGAACACAAUAGUGGCCAGUUAAGUGAACUUCAAACACAAAAGGAUGAAUUAAUACAAGAAUUAUUUACUCUGCAGAGAAAACUUAAAGUUUUUGAAGAUAAAAAGAAUGAAGCCAUUUGUACUACCAAAUACCUAGAGGCAGAAAAAGUAAAAAUCAAUGAAAAGCCUCAAAAUGAUGCUGAAUGCUUAAGACUUAAGAAAGAAUUAGAACUUUGUAAGGAAGACGACAUGCAAAGUGCUUAUGAAGCUCUCCAAACAGAAAUAGAAUUUCUGGAGUUGACAUUGGCACAGAAAGAUCUUCAGGAAAACAAAUAACUUGUGGACAAUUGACCAAAGCUAUCCAAGGUUUGAUCAAAGCACCUUAAAAUCAAAUCCUGUGAUGGAUACACGAACAGUGCCCAUUAUAACAGAUUUUUGUGGAAAACGUGAGGUUCUGAAUGUUCAAAGUUGUUGAUAUCUAGAAUUGGCAUAUUACCAUUUUUAAAAUGUAAUGUCUUGUUACUUUCUGGAACUUUAAAGCUUCUUAUGGGAUUUGAUUUUGUUUCUAAAGGAAGAAAAAGGGACAGGUGGAUAUUGUGCUCUCCGCUUCUUAUCUCUCCUGACCCUUAAGCUGAUCUGUACUUUGUGAUGUUCAUUCUUUAUUGCAGUUUACCUUGGGUCUGGUCAAACACCGGUGGGGAGAAACGAUCAGAUUAUUGAUCCCAUUUUGUCGGUGCCAUUUCCCUCAACAAAGAUGUUCACUUUCAUUUUAAUCCUUCUCUAAUCUUUAAAAUGUCUGUUGACAGAAGUCUUCUGAGGCCUUUCAUCUGCAAAAGCCAGUUUUCUCCCCUUUUCUCUAGAUAUUUUUGUAGAGUUAAGUCUGGGGCUCCCGUGGCCAUUUCCCAGCGUUUUGUGCCUGCUGUCCUCUUCCCAGUGCCAGUGUUGGUUAGAAUGAAGUAAGUCAUCCACCUGGGGAGGUGCAUGAUCUCCUUAUGGCCAUCAGGAUUCAUUUCGCCGGUGGACUGAAACAUCACAACUAAAAUUCACGUUUGGAUCAAACGUGGUAUUUCCAUCAAAUUUGCUGCAACACAUAGCUUCCUACAGUUAGCAAUCCCGCCUAGGAAGGUGUAUUUUUCACUAGUUUCUAAAAAAAAGUGGAUGGAAAUUGUCCAACGAUGCCCUAAACUGUGGUGAAUCAGGGAGGGGAACAAAACCUAUUUGGGGAUAUAUUGCAAAGUUCGGAGUGCAAAUGUUAGAAUCAUGUUUUCUUUUGCGGCUGUAGUUGAGUUAGUUUAACAUCAAAUAUGAGAUGUUUACAGAUGUCUUCUAUCUACCGACAGUGAGGUGGGCUAGUUUCAGGGCAAGUCCUAUUUUGGUAUAGUUU